UAAAGAAAUGGAAAUAUCCAGCGAUGAAUAUAAAGUGUUGUUCAUCUUUGAUGGUUUGGACGAGUGUCGUCUGUCUCUGGACUUUAAGAGUAAAGUGAAACUGUGUAAUAUAUCUGAGUCAGCCUCAGUGGAUGUGCUGCUGAUGAACCUGAUUGUGGGGAAUCUGCUUCCCUCUGCUCUCAUCUGGAUCACCUCCAGACCAGCAGCAGCUGAUCUCGUCCCCUCUGAGUGCGUCCAUCGAGUGACAGAGGUACGAGGCUUCAAUGAGCCACAGAAGGAGGAAUACUUCAGGAAGAGGAUCAGUGAUCAGAGUGUGGUCGACAGGAUCAUCUCACACCUGAAGUCCUCCAGGAGCCUCUUCAUCAUGUGUCACAUCCCAGUCUUCUGCUGGAUCUCAGCCACUGUUCUUGAGAAGAUCUUGAGUCGAGCAGAGACUGGAGAGAUUCCUAAGACUCUCACUCAAAUGUACACACACUUCCUGAUCCUUCAGACCAACAUCAAACGUGAGAAAGACUAUGGGAAGAUCUACGUGACAGAUGAAGACAUGAUCCUCAAACUGGGGAAACUUGCUUUCCAGCAGCUUGUAAAGGAAACCUGAUCUUCUAUGAUGAAGACCUUAGAGAGUGUGGCAUUGAUGAGAUAGAAGCAUCAGUUUAUUCAGGACUGUGCACUCAGAUCUUCAGAGAGGAGCUGGGAUUGUUUCUGGGAAAGUUUUCUGCUUCGUUCACCUGAGCCUUCAGGAACAUCUAGCAGCUCUAUAUGUUCAUCUCUCUUUUACAAACAGGAAGAGAAAUGUUUUCAACCAAACCAAACACAGACUAUUGUCCAAGAUAUUUUACCAAAAUAAAUAUAAUUCAUUAUCUGAGCUGCAUCAGGGAGCUGUGAAUGAGGUUCUAAAGAGUAAGAAUGGACAUUUGGAUCUUUUCCUGAGGUUUCUUCUGGGUCUCUCAGUGGAGUCCAAUCAGACUCUCUUAAGAAAACUACUGACACAGACAGGAAGCUGCUCCUACAACAAAGAGAAAACAGUUCAGUUCAUCAAAGAGAAGAUCAGGAAGAAUCAGAGAGAUUCAAAUAAAUCCAUCAAUCUGUUUAACUGUCUGAAUGAACUGGGUGAUGAUUCACUGAUGCAGGAGAUUCAGGGUUAUCUGAAAUCUGGAGGAAUAAGAGAAACCAAACUCUCCUCUUCACAGUGGUCAGCUCUGGUUUAUGUGUUGCUGACAUCAGAGCAGAAGAUGGAUGUUUUGAUCUACAACAGUUUAUUGGAGAACAACAUACAGGAGAUGAAGUUCUUCAGUAUCUGUUACCUGUGGUUAAAGAAUCCAGAUCAGUUUGGCUAUGUGGAUGCAAACUCACUGCUCAGUCUGUUGACGUUUGUCUUCAGUUUUACAAUCCUCAAACUCAAACAUCCUGAGAGAGCUGGACCUGAGUAACAAUGACCUGCAGGAUUCAGGAGUGAAGCUGCUCUCUGAAGGACUGAAGAGUCCAAACUGUCAUCUGGAGAUUCUGAGGCUAUGUGGAUGCAAUCUCACUGCUCAGUCUUGUGAAAGUUUGUCUUCAGUUUUACAAUCCUCAAACUCAAACAUCCUGAGAGAGCUGGACCUGAGUAACAAUGACCUGCAGGAUUCAGGAGUGAAGCUGCUCUCUG